GCAGGUUUGGGCUGCGUCACAUGCGUCUGGCUUCAAAUGGGUGUGAGUUAAACUUAAUCAGGAGUUUCUUCGUUAAAAGUGCUGAGAGGGGGUGAGGCUGACGGUUGUUUCCCAUGUUCAGGAUGUGAUGGAUCAGUUUUUUUCUCUUCACUUUUCUCUUUGCUUAAAGACAAAUAUUUACAGACCCGUUUUAAUCCAGAGGCUCGUCACAUAUGUCAACCGAAAUAGCUCUAAUUUAAUAAAAAUCCUUGGUGGUAACGUGUUGUUUCACUUACGCUUGCAGGAUGAGGGCAGCAUGAGCGGCCUCGAAUGUGCCUUUGGGAGUAGUUAGCCUUUCGCUCUUGAUGAGGAGAAGACGUCGGCCAUCCGCUUGAAGGGCCAAGCUCCAGCGACCCAGGAGCCGUGGAUCUUCUGACUUCCGAGAGCAGCGGAGCACGAGUGGAGCAGAGGGUGUGUGUGCACCACGACACGUUGGAAGGAAGGCUGAUGUAGAGAAAUAACAACACGAUUCAGACUUCUAUAUUGAUUUCCUGCUGAAGAUUGGGCCCUCACACAUAACCUUUACCCUAGGAUCAUCAUUGAGAUUUUGGAGGAUUGAACAAAAGCAUCUGGUCGGGAACGUCGUUAUGAAGGAAGAGACAAGACCCUGCCUGAGGAGGCACAUAUGAGAAUAACAGAAAGGAGCCUGUGGAUAAAUACAGAAGAGCAGCUGAGGAGGCCUGGAAACUGAGUUUUGGAAGGAUUCAGAAACCCGACAAGCAACCACCACACUGCGGGUACACGGCAGAGGUGUCCGCCAAGCCUGUCUGCCCAGAGUCAAGCCCUUCUCCACUGUCUACGGUUUUGAAAGUCUUCGGCGCUGAGUGACCAGCACAGAAAGCUCUCGCCAGCCAGGGAGCACAGGGCUCUUUCCUCUCAGUGUUGGGUGAUGGAAAUGUGCUGGAACGAUGGGAGAAGCUGGUAACUUAUAGGAAGCCAAGAUGACAAGAAUUCUUUUACAUAAUCAAAGGAAGACGGCGGGGGCGCCAUGAGGUGAGCGCCCAGAGCCGCCCCGUGCCCCUGCCACGCACGUCCCCCCCCCGCCGGCAUGAGGCCGGCCAGCAUGGGUGCGCCGCCGCGGGACCGCUGACCCCCGCCCGCCGGGACCAUGAAGGAGGUGGAGUACUGGUCCCCCAAGAAGGUGGCAGACUGGCUGCUGGAGCACGCCAUGCCCGAGUACUGUGAGCCCCUGGAGCACUUCACAGGCCGGGACCUGAUCGGCCUGACCCGGGAGGACUUCGCGCGGCCGCCCCUGUGCCGCGUGUCGGCCGACAGCGGGCAGCGGCUCCUGGACCUGAUCGAGACGCUGAAGGUGGAGCAGCACAUGGAGGCGCACAAGAACGGCCAUGCCAACGGGCACCUGGGCGCAGGGGCGGCCGGCCCCGGCCCCACGGGCGGCUUCGGCCUGCAGACCAAGCCCAAUGGGGUGCCCAACGGCUACAGGAAGGAGAUGAUCAAGAUCCCCAUGCCCGAGCCCGAGCGCUCCCAGUACCCCAUGGAGUGGGGCAAGACGUGCCUGGCCUUCCUGUACGCGCUGUCCUGCUUCGUCCUCACCACGGUGAUGAUCUCGGUGGUCCACGAGCGAGUGCCUCCCAAGGAGGUGCAGCCCCCGCUGCCGGACACGUUUUUUGACCAUUUUAACCGGGUGCAGUGGGCCUUUUCUAUCUGUGAAAUUAAUGGCAUGAUCCUCGUAGGACUCUGGUUAAUUCAGUGGCUGCUCUUAAAAUACAAGUCUAUUAUUAGCAGAAGAUUCUUCUGCAUAGUUGGCACGCUGUACCUGUAUCGCUGUAUCACAAUGUAUGUGACCACACUCCCAGUGCCCGGCAUGCAUUUCAACUGCUCUCCGAAGCUUUUUGGAGACUGGGAAGCCCAGCUGCGGAGAAUAAUGAAGCUCAUCGCUGGCGGUGGCCUGUCCAUCACUGGUUCUCACAACAUGUGUGGGGAUUACCUGUACAGUGGCCACACGGUCAUGCUCACACUCACCUACCUAUUUAUCAAAGAGUAUUCCCCUCGACGACUCUGGUGGUACCACUGGAUUUGCUGGCUUCUCAGCGUGGUUGGGAUCUUCUGCAUUCUCUUAGCGCAUGACCACUACACUGUGGAUGUGGUGGUGGCGUACUACAUCACCACGAGACUCUUCUGGUGGUACCACACUAUGGCCAAUCAGCAAGUGCUAAAAGAAGCCUCCCAGAUGAACCUCCUGGCCAGGGUGUGGUGGUACCGGCCAUUUCAGUACUUUGAAAAGAAUGUGCAAGGAAUCGUACCUCGGUCUUACCACUGGCCCUUCCCCUGGCCAGUCGUCCACCUCGGUCGCCAAGUCAAGUACAGCCGCUUGGUGAAUGAUACGUAACGGCGGGACCCAGCGGGGGAGCGAGGAACUGUCCCAAGUGCUAAGAACUCCAUGAGAGAAGAUGCCAUAAACAAACACCUCCCUAAUCCUGUUCUCUUUCAACAGUUACCUUGACUUAACCUAUUGAGUUACCUGGUCAGCACUGUGAUCUUUUUUUCUCUCCAAAGGACCUGCGUUGGACAACAAUAAAGAAAAUUUAACCUAUCAUGCACUGUACACAUUUCCUGUUCAUAAGUUUGGGAUUUACAUGACCUGCGACCACCAUGUUCCUUUGUAUAUGAUGCAACAGCAUAAAUGUGAGCUUUUAUAUCAUCAGUUCUGGUCUUUCCAGUCACAUCUGGAAAUAAAGCGUAUUAUUUUCUUGGGAAAACAUACUUUUCAUAUCUCUUGCCCCAAAGAUUGGGCUGUAAGCCAUUUUCUAGCAAAUGUCUCUAUGAAGGUUUCUAAGUACCUGAAUGGGGUUCAAUUCUGAAAUCUUUCUACCUGUUGCACCGAUAUUCAAAUAAAAAUGACAGACACAGAAAGGUUCGGUAACUUUGGGUUUUGUAAAAAAUCAGCAGAGAGAGUGUGUCAAAAAGUGCAAAAAAAAAAAAAAGAUUCUGUUACAAAGUGAUUUUCUAAGUAUUUCCUAACUUUAUUUUUCAAAAUAAUGUUAUGAAAACCAAAUUUAAAGAUUUUUACAUGUUGGAGAGAAGAGAGUUAAAAUUUAAAAAUGCUUCUUGGGAGAGAAAUUUGUCUAUGUUUCUAGUGCCUUUCUUGUCUUGAUUGUAUGGUCAGUAGGCAAUCUUAAAUGUUUUUAUUUAAAAUAAAAUAUUCCAUGAAGAUAUAAAUGUAUGUAUACACUACUAAAUUUUGCAUUUAUAGCUAAAUUAAAUCAGAAGACUGCUUACGGUUUUUAAAUCGCUACGAGUUAAAGAAGGGGGGAAGCUAAUUAGAAAGCCCGGGCCUGUUCCCAUAUUGUGAGCAGGUGGCAAUGACGUGUACCACUUAAAUUAUUUUAUCAUCUGUUUGGUAGUUCGAUUUUAACUAUACAAUGAAAACAGCCAUGAAUACUUUGUUUUUAAAAAAAGAGAGUUUUGAAAAUGAUCACUUAACUAAAACUUGAAAGCUCUAAAUUAGUCAUCCAUACUCUCAUGACAAUUUUGUUGGUGAACAACAAAACAGAGAUCUAUUUCUUUCAAAUAUAUUUGUGCAGAAACUGCAUGGAACUCUGAGUUUUACUCCUAACAUGAGUAUGUUUGGGGAAGUAUUCUAUUCUGUACUUGCCAAUGUGGAGAACAAAAUAGUUUUUUAAGAAUGAAGAAGUAUAUAUAUCCAUUCUGUAUUUUACGCAGCAGAAUUAUCUUCCGUAGGGUUUUUUUGUGUAUUCACAAGGUGAUAUUUGUAUUGUAAAACAAUAAUGGUGAAGGAAAUAAAAAGGCUUUUAAAAUUUUGUUUGUUUUAAAUAUUUGUAAAGUUAUUAUUCCAGAGAGUAUACUGAUAUCUUAACAGCUUACCUAGAUCAUAAAUUAAUCAAAUGCACUUUUUAAUAAAACCUGAUACUUAAAAUAAA